AACGUCAAAAUCACACGAGCUCUGGUCGUGUCUGCGAGGUCUUGCGCAAGAAAAUCACAAAUUUUUCACUCGCUGCAAGUUUUGCUCAUUUCUUGUGAUUUUACCAUUGGAUUACGGUAAAACAAGUGUAAAGUGGUUCGAAAUGUCCACCUACGUAGCGUUGCGUGCGGUUCUGAACCCAGUGGCUCGGAAGACACUGACCCAGUUCCUGUUCAACACCGGUGUCAGCUGGAACGCCGCUCGCAUCAGUCCCACCAUCUGCCAAAAGCGGUUCUACGCCGAAAAGGUUGUUUUUAAACGAGACAAGCCCCAUUGCAACGUCGGAACGAUUGGCCAUGUCGAUCACGGUAAGACAACCCUGACGGCCGCUAUCACCAAAGUCCUCGCCGAUAAGGAUCUGGCCGAAAGCAAGAAGUACGCUGACAUUGACAACGCCCCGGAAGAGAAAGCGAGAGGAAUCACUAUUAACGUAGCUCAUAUUGAGUACCAGACGGAGAAUCGGCACUACGGUCAUACGGACUGUCCCGGCCAUGCCGAUUACAUUAAGAACAUGAUCACCGGAACGGCCCAAAUGGACGGAGCUAUCCUGGUGGUGGCAGCUACUGACGGUGCUAUGCCCCAAACCAGGGAACAUUUGCUGCUGGCCAAACAGAUUGGGGUCAAUCACAUUGUGGUCUUCAUUAACAAAGUGGACGCGGCCGAUCAGGAAAUGGUAGAUCUGGUGGAAAUGGAAAUCCGCGAACUGAUGUCCGAAAUGGGCUUCGAUGGGGACAAUGUUCCCGUCAUUAAGGGAUCGGCCUUGUGUGCUUUGGAGGGCAAGAGUCCGGAAAUUGGUGCCGAUGCGGUGAUGAAGCUGCUAGAGGAGGUGGACAAAUACGUUCCGACCCCGACUCGGGAUCUGGAUAAGCCUUUCUUGCUGCCGGUGGAGUCGGUGCACAGCAUCCCCGGACGAGGUACCGUUGUGACCGGACGUUUGGAGCGCGGCGUCGUGAAGAAGGGCAUGGAAUGCGAGUUCGUUGGUUACAACAAGGUCAUCAAAUCGACAAUCACCGGCGUCGAAAUGUUCCACAAAAUUCUGGAGGAAGCCCAGGCCGGCGAUCAGCUGGGCGCCCUGGUGCGUGGUAUCAAACGUGACGACAUCAAGCGCGGCAUGGUCAUGUGCAAGCCGGGUUCGGUCAAGGCCAACGACAACUUCGAGGCGCAGGUUUACAUUCUGAGCAAGGAGGAAGGCGGACGCCACAAGCCCUUCACCAGCUUCAUCCAGCUGCAGAUGUUCUCGCGCACGUGGGAUUGUGCCACCCAGGUGCAAAUUCCCGGCAAGGAGAUGGUCAUGCCCGGUGAGGAUGCCAAGCUGCAUCUGCGUCUGAUGAGGCCCAUGGUCAUUGAGCAGGGACAACGUUUCACACUGCGCGAUGGACACAUUACGCUGGGAACCGGUGUCGUCACCAAUGUGCUCUCGCCACUUAGCGAAAAGGAACGAAUGUCGCUGGUCGAGGGCAAGAAGGCACGAGAGAAGGCCACCGGAAAGGCCUAAAGUGGGUGCCUAGGUGGUGUCACACUGUCUUCUUGCUUUUAAGUACACAUUGUCAUAAAGAUUAUCAGUUAAGUCUCUGGAUUGCUGUUUAGAUGGGUAGUUCCGAACGAAAUCGUAUUGCUAAUAAUAUAUUACUAUUGGAAAAACAAA